AGAGCACAUCGCUUCUAGCCAGUAUUUUCGUGUUUGGUUAGUUUUAUAGGUGAAAUCAUCACGGAGAGGUUAAUUGUUAUCGAAAUUCCACGAGAGAACGAUGGAAUCCAGUGACAUACUUAAUUGUGCCACCAGAGUGAAAGAGGAGCCUAGAGAUGUUUUGCGUGUUGAAAAUGAUAGUGAAAUGAUUGACGAGAAACCCGAUCAUAAGAGCUUCCAAUUCUUACCAUUCCAGCAAAAAAAUUCAAACCAUAUUCUCCGAAAAUAUGAAGAAGAUCAUGGAAGUGAAAUGGAUGAGGAAGUGGAAGUAGUCGUUGAAUGUGAAGACGUCAAGCCCAAUAUUGGUUUGUCAGAUGUUAAAAUAACUGAUUCUCCAAAUCACUUGUGGAAUGUAAAAGGUAGUGAUGAUAAAACUCUAAACGUUAUAAAAAAAGAACCUCCUGGGGAAGUGAAAAAAGAAAUUGUUUGUGAAGUUGCUGCAGAAUCGAAUUUGAAAUUUGACUGUGAACUUAUCGAUCGAGAUAAAAAAAACAGAAAUACUAAAAAGUCUGAUCAUCAACAUGGACUCAAAGUACAGCUUUAUACAACCCAAGCCAGUAGCAUCCACGUGUGUAAAACAUGUGGAAAAAUUUUUAAACGAAAAAAUGCUCUCAAAACUCACAUUGAUGUGGUGCAUAAUGGUAUCGCACAUACGUGUGAUAUAUGCGGGAAAAAAUUCACAACUAAAAGUAAUCUUAAAAUCCACGUGAAUAGCGUGCACAAUCGUAUCAUAUAUGCAUGCGAUGUAUGUGAAAAGACAUUUUCACGUGAACAUUAUCUCAAAACACACAUCGCUUCAGUUCAUAAUAAACUCGCACCAAAAUGUGAUAUAUGUCACAAGACAUUUUUAACAAAGAGUACUCUCAAAGUCCACAUUAGUACGGUGCAUGAUAAAAUCACUCAUAGAUGUGACACUUGCGGAAUAACUUUUACACGAAGAGGUCAACUCAAAAUUCACAUCGAUGAGUUGCAUAAUGGUAUCACCCACAUGUGUGAUACAUGCGGAAAAAACUUCAAGUAUAAAAGCAGUCUUAAAACCCACAUCGAUCGGUUUCAUAAUGGUAUCACCCAUAUGUGUGACACAUGCGGACAAAAGUUCAAGUAUAAGAGCUAUCUCAAAGUCCAUAUCGAUGUGGUGCAUAAUGAUGUCGCAUAUGCGUGUGAUGUUUGCGAGAAAAAAUUCGCAAAUAAUGAUAUUCUCAAGGUCCACAUGAAAUACGUGCACAAUCGUAUCAGAUAUGCAUGCGAUGUAUGUGAAAAGACAUUUUCACGUAAACAUCAUCUCAAAACACACAUCGAUUCAGUUCAUCGUAAACUUGCACCAAAAUGUGAUAUAUGUCACAAGACAUUCUCAACAAAGGAUUCGCUCAGAAUCCAUAUUGAUAUUGCGCAUAAAGGCAUAAGAUAUCCAUGUGUUUUAUGUAGAAAAGUAUUCAAACAUAAUAGUAGUCUGAAAAUUCAUUGUAAGUCGAAACAUAAUAGUGUCUCAUGAACGCGUG